CCAGCGGAGACGGGUGAUCGCGCGGGUCGCCCGCGCCGGGGGAGCGGGGCGUGUCGGGGUGGAGACCGCGGGGACCGGCCGGACCACUGCGGGCCCGGGGGAGGCGCCUGCGGCUGCGGCCCCCGCGGGCGGCGCGGAGUGGUACGGCCCGGCCGGAGGUGAAGCCCAGGAGGCGGCUCCGCAGGCGGCGACCGCGCGAUGGGGCUGCGCGCUGGCGGAUCUCUGGGCAGGGCCGGCGCGAGCCGGGGGGCGCCCGAGGGUCCCGGGUCGAGCGGCGGCGCGCAGGGCGGCAGCAUCCACUCCGGCUGCAUCGCCGCGGUGCACAACGUUCCGCUGAGCGUGCUCAUCCGGCCACUGCCGUCGGUGCUGGACCCAGCCAAGGUGCAGAGCCUGGUGGACACAAUCCGGGAGGAUCCGGACAGCGUGCCCCCCAUCGACGUCCUCUGGAUCAAAGGGGCCCAGGGUGGCGACUACUUCUACUCCUUCGGGGGCUGCCACCGCUACGCGGCCUACCAGCAGCUGCAGCGAGAGACCAUCCCUGCCAAGCUCGUCCGGUCCACCCUGUCGGACCUGCGGGUGUACCUGGGGGCGUCCACACCGGACCUGCAGUAGCAGCCUCCUCGGCACCUGCCACCCUCCCGCCCCCAAGGGCGCAGGAGGUCCGCCUGGCCCCCAGCGGGCAGGGCCUCCCAGGUGCAGCAGGACGUGUGUCAUUGCUCUGUACCUAGGGGGACCGUCUGACUCCGGCUCGGGCUUCACUGACUGCCAGGCCCUGGACUCACGCAGAACAGUGUGGGAGCCCCAGUUGCUGCCUCUGAAAGUGGGAUCCUGGCCAUGUCCUUGAAGGAUUGUCGAGAAGAUGAAAUGAGAAAAGAGGGGGAUUUAGAGAGCUGCAUGCUGCAGGCUCCAGGUUCCCAAGGACAAGGCCAGUCUUCAGGAUCUUCACAAUAUCCCGUUAUGUGAUUAUGUUCGGCUGCAAGUAAAGGAAAACCUAGGUUCUGGUGAACCAGCAAGCUUUGUUUUUCCACACAGCAUGAGUUCUGGAGACAAAUGGCUCAAAUGGUAUCACUUCAGCAGUGCAGUGAAGGCAAGGCUUAUGUCUCUGAUCCUUUUGCCCUGUCCUCAUUGUUUGCUACUUCAUGGUGGCAAAAUGGCUGCUGUAGCUCCAGGAAUUGUGUCUAUGUUUAAGGAAGAAAGGAGCUGAUAAAAAGUAAGGGCCAGGCCAACUGGGCCUAUCAACUUGUACCAGAAAGUAAAACCUCUUUCAGAGGCUUGGGUCCUGCCGGCCCUCUCCCCUGAGUAUAUAUAUCUGCUUAGGUCUCCUGGGCCCGAGCCAGCUACCAUGACCAUCCCUAGCGGCAAAGAAAGUAAGACAGCAAGAAACAGAAUUGUCAUGGUGGAGUACACCAGUCCUAUCCCAUCUCCUGGGACUGGAAUGUUGCCUUCUGAAAUAAAAUUGGGAUGCCAGGAGAGAGGAGGAGCUGUGUGUUGGUUGAACUUCACUAACAAGCCACCCCAUCCUUAGCUGCCCAAAAGUUAGUUAGUUAUGCAUAAUUCUGUGGGUCAGCAGAUUGGGUUGGGCAGCUCUGGUGUCCCUCCGCCAGCUAUCGUCAGCGGUCACCUUAGCUGUGGCUGGAUGGGCUGGGUUAGCCCUGCUUGCUUGUCUGGCAGAUGACAGGCUAUUGGCUGGGUGGCUUGAUUCUCUUCCAACAGGCUAGCUCAGGCUUGUUCGCACCAUGGCCUCGAGAUUCCCAAAGUGAGAGUAGAAGUGAAGAACUUCUAGAACUCCAGGCUAGGGACUAGGACAGUGUCCGUUCUUUUGAUCAGAGUGUAUCACAAGUCUUUGCCCAGAAUCAAAGAAUGGAAACCACUACACCUCUCGAUGGGAGGAACUGCAGAGAACUUGGGCCCGUUGUCCAUCUAUCACAAAUGUCUAGGUGUCAGAUAACAAUCUUUCUCUCUCUCAUACACACACACACACACACACACACACACACACACAUGCAGGGCCUCACCUUGCCCAGUCUUCUGUCACUAAGACAAUGUCCUGGCCCUCAAAGUCUAGGGGAUGAGGUGGUAAGACAGGUCUGGAUCUCCAAGGGCUGGAUCCACCCUAGUGUGGGCAUCUCGUUGAGAUGAGAUUGGCCAAGUGGAACAUUCCAGAAGAAUGGUGCAGAGUGAGGUGGGGCUUGCUCUCACUGGCCUUAGGCAACUCUGCAUUUUCAGGCCUCAGUUUCCCCUGCUCAAUAGUGAGGACAACAGUGCUGGGGUCAUGGCUCAGUGGUGGAACGCCUGCCUAGCAUGUGUGAGGCCCUGGGUUCCACCUUCAGCACCACAUAAAAAUAAAUAAAUAAAAUGAAGGUAUUGUGUCCAUCUACAGCUAAAGAAUAUUAAAAAAGAAAAAAAAAAAAAAUAGGGAAACAGCUUUCCCCCUCCGUUGGGAGU